AUGGCCGCCUUGGUGCUUGUCGUUGUCCCUCCUCAGAGGAAAGAGCGCAUUUUUCGACAUCAAGCCAUCCUUGAUGGAGCCUUUACGGACCAGGAGCUGCGCCAAAGAUACAGAUUUGGUCGGCAAUCAAUUAUGUUCCUGACCCAUCUCCUUAGACAGGAUUUAGCAAGGAAAUCUCGCAGGAACCAUGCCCUGACUGUUCAGCAGCAGGUGCUGUCAACAUUGAGGUUCCUGGCAAGUGGAAGUUUCCUUCAAGUUGUUGGAGACACUACAGGUCUGGAUAAAAGCACCGUAUCCAGGUGCGUCCAUAAAGUGUGUGGUAAGUUGGCUUGUUAUGCUAGCCAAGCUAUAAAGUGGCCCACCACAGAGGAGUGCCAGAAGGGGAAGAGGAAAUUUUUCGCCAUCGCCGGGUUUCCCUCCAUAAUAGGAGCAGUGGACGGAACACAUAUCCGUAUACAGGCACCACACACUGACGAGCCAUCCUAUGUAAACAGGAAGGGCUACCACAGCAUCAAUGUGCAGGGUGUUUGUGAUGCUGACGGAAAAUUCUUGGGCAUCAAUGCCAGUUGGCCAGGGUGCACACAUGAUGCCCAUAUUUUCAGAACUUCUCAGGUUUGUCAGCAUAUGGAAACAAACCAGAAUUUGGAAAAUGUGCUAUUGGGUGAUUCUGGCUACCCGUGCCGACCAUUCCUGUUGACGCCAUAUUUGAAUGCAAAUUGUCCUGCACAAAGAAACUAUAACUAUGCACAUGGCAGGACCAGAAGUGUCAUCGAAAGGACAUUUGGGAGGUGGAAGAGACGCUUCCACAUCCUUCACUCUGAGAUACGCAUGCAGCCGGAACGAGUCGUCACCCUUAUCAUGGCAUGUGCAGUGCUUCACAACAUUGCCAUGUCCAUGAGGGAGCCACUCAUUGAUGGGGAGGAAGACAAUGCUGUUGAUGAGGUAGAGGGUGAUGCUGCCUACAAUGGACCGCAGGACGGACAAGCUGUUAGAGAACAUGUCACCCGUGCCUACUUCACCAGGUAGUCUUCCUCAGAGGGUAUUAACCGUUGGGGGCGCGAGGAGUGCCCCACUCCAAGAUGGUGUUUACUGUUGGGGGCGCGAGGAGUGCCCCACUCCAAGAUGGUGUUAACUGUUGGGGGCGCGAGGAGUGCCCCACUCCAAGAUGGUGUUAACUGUUGGGGGCGCGAGGAGUGCCCCACUCCAAGAUGGUGUUAACUGUUGGGGGCGCGAGGAGUGCCCCACUCCAAGAUGGUGUUAACUGUUGGGGGCGCGAGGAGUGCCCCACUCCAAGAUGGUGUUUACUGUUGGGGGCGCGAGGAGUGCCCCACUCCAAGAUGGUGUUUACUGUUGGGGGCGCGAGGAGUGCCCCACUCCAAGAUGGUGUUUACUGUUGGGGGCACGAGGAG